GCAUUUCAAUCCAUAAUUACCCAAGAUGGCGGCGAAACACUACAGUUUGCUGUAGUAGCUAGUUAGCGCAUACCCAGAAAAAAAUUACCAAACAAACCCAAAAUUGGUUUUGUAACCAGCGGAUAGACGGUAGUGUGGUUUAAUACUAGCAGUUGGCGGUUGUGUUACAAAGGUUUUAAGUCGGGAAAAUGAGCUACACAACGAAGGUGGUGCAGGUGACGAACGUGUCGCCGAGCACAACGUCGGAGCAGAUGAGGACACUGUUCGGUUUUCUGGGAACCAUCGAAGAGCUGAAGUUAUUUCCGCCAGAUGAUUCGCCGAUGCCGGUGACAUCCCGGGUGUGCUUUGUGAAGUUCCAGGAGCCAGAGUCUGUUGGUGUGUCUCAGCAUCUGACUAACACGGUGUUUGUGGACAGAGCGCUGAUAGUGGUCCCGUUUGCUGAAGGAUCUAUUCCAGAUGAGGCUAAAGCUUUGUCACUGCUGGCGCCAGCAAAUGCUGUUGCAGGAAUUCUGCCAGGGGGAGGCCUUCUUCCGAUGCCUAAUCCCAUCCCCAAUCCACCUCUUGCGAACCCCUUUGGUGCACCCAAUAUAGACGCAAUGGCAGCGUUUGGAUUCCCCGGAGCUGGUAUGAAUCCCCAGGCUGCUGAUCAGCUGUUGAAAUUGAUGACUGAUCCAAAACUGAAUCCCCUGGCGGCUGGAAUAAACCUGAAUGCUGGGCUGAAGGCUGACGCAGCUAAUAAAGAAAUCGAAGAGGCAAUGAAGAGAGUCAGAGAGGCCCAGUCGCUCAUUUCUGCUGCUAUCGAACCCGGACAUAAGGAGACAAAGAAGAAGCGCUCUCGGUCCAGGUCCAGAUCCAGAAGGAGGAGGUCCCGAUCGCGUUCAAGACACAGGCGAACCAGAAGCAGGUCGAGGCGCAGAUCCAGAUCGAGAAGCAGAAGACGCUCCAAAAGCCCGCGCAAGAGACACCCCCACUCUAGAGACAGAGGGAGGAGAUCUCCCAGCAGAUCCAGAGAGCGAAAGAAAGAAGAUGCAGGGAGAAGGAAAUCCAAAACACCACCCAAAAGCUACAGCACAGCGAGGAGGUCACGCAGUGUGAGCCGGAGACGCAGGAAAAGUCGCAGCGCCAGCCGUUCUCCUAAGAAGUCUCCUAAAAGGAAAAAUUCCCCGUCUCCAUCUCCUCGAAGACACAAAAAAGAGAAGAAGAGGGAGAAGGAAAGGGACCGGGACCGUAGGAGCGAUAAAGAGCGCGGCCGUGAAGAACGGGAGCGCUCCAGCAGCAAGAAAAAGAAGAGUAAAGACAAAGAAAGGGAACGUGACCGGAAAUCAGAUGCAGAGAAAGAUGUUAAGAUCACCAGAGACUACGAUGAGGAAGAGCAAGGAUACGACAGCGAGAAGGAGCGAGGCGACAGGAAGGACUCGGACGAUUCUGCUUUGUCUCCUCGGUCGGUAGAAGGUAAUGGCACAGCACGUUCCGCGAAGCAGGCCAAAGUUAACGGUGCCGAUGAUCGCCACGAAGAGGACAUGGACGUCAGCGACUGACUCGUCCGUCCCGUCCUUCCCCACAUUCUCCCUCCAUGUUGGUUGUGAAAAAGCUACAUCUUUCCCCCCUUCCUACUGGGCUGAAUCUGAAAAUGUGAAUUGUUUGAAAUGUAUCAGUUUCUAUCACAGGAGGGAAGCGUGCCCUUUUGCAAAUGUUUGAUGCUAAAAUUCGUCUGCCCUGACAUUUUUCUCGGUUUGUCACAUUUACUGUAAGUGGUCUUUCUGCUCUUUGCUGCUACAGAUGUAAUAGAUUACAACUGGAAGUAGGCUUGCUUUGCGUUUCUUUAGCUUGUGUUACCAGAUUUCUUUUUUUAUUUGUCUUUACAUAUGAACCUUUUUCAUUUCUGUUGUGUGGGGUGGUGUGAUGCACGGGUCUCUUGUCUUCACCAAAAAUGCAAGCUUCUUAGCUUAGCUUCUUGUUAUCUGAGAGUACUGAUUGUUUUAUCAAGGAUUUCUUUUAUAUAUUAAAGCUUAUUUAAAGAGCUAA